AUGGCGAACUCGGUGUCUUCCACUGUUACGCCUGCAACACCAUUCCUCACCCGGGUCGACGCCCGAGACCCCAGCACCACGGCCGACUUGGUCCAAGAGGUUCUCGAACGAGAUGGUGCUAUCAUCGUGACGAACCUGCUCAGCCGCGAACAGGCCGAGCAAAUCCGGCGUGAUCUCCAACCGCAUUUUGACGCCGACGGCGGCGACAAGAGCGGCUUCUUCCCAAAGACCACGCGGCGAGCCAUCGGCCUGUUGGGCAUAUCGCCCACAUGCGUGGAUCUCGCCCUAAAUCCGCUCUUCAACGAGGUAGCGUCCCGACUCCUGACCUCCAAAUUCGAGUACUGGAUCGGCCAGGAGAAGCAGGUGGCCGUCUCCAAGCCCCAGAUUUCCAGCACCGUGGGGUUCCAGGUCAAUCCCGGCAGUCGCCAGCAGGGCCUCCAUCGCGACGACAUCGACUACCACAUACGGUCGGGACAUGAUUCGGUGCUGAUUGGCUGUGUGGCUGCGACGGUCAAGACCACGCGAGAGAAUGGCGCGACCGUUCUCAUCCCGGGCUCGCAUCGGUGGAAGGACGACCGCUGCCCGUAUGACCACGAGGCUGUUCCCGCUGAGCUGGAGCCAGGAGAUGCCGCUAUCUUCCUUGGGAGUACAUACCAUGCGGGUGGUGCUAAUACAACAACGCAAGUUUCCACUAUCCAGUUUCGCCAGUACCCUGCCCGGGUUUGA